AUGGGAGUAAAGGUUGAAGUUCUAGAAUUUGAUGGCAAAGCUCAACCAGAUGAAUUUAUUGAUUGGCUCAGCACGGUGGAACGCAUUUUCGAUCUCAUAGACAUCCCCGACAAAGUUAAGGUAAAACUUGUUGCUAUUAAACUCUGUAAAUAUGCUUCUUUGUGGUGGGAUCAUGUCAAAAAGAAAAGGGUUCAAGAGGGAAAGUCAAAAAUUGAGACUUGGGAAAAAAUGAAGAAACUAUUACGGGAAAAGUUUCUACCAAGUAAUUAUCGCCAAGAAGCUUUCUUGGAAUAUCAUAACUUGUCCCAACGAAAUUCUACCUUUGAGGACUUGAUUGGUGAAUUCGACAAGUUAAGAAUGAGGUGUGCGGUUGAAGAGGAAGAAGAACAACUUGUGGCUCGGUUUUUGGGUGCCCUACAACCUGAAAUAGCAGAUGUAGUCCAACUCCAGCCUUAUUGGAGCUAUAAUGACGUUUGUCAAUUGGCCUUGAAGGUCGAAAAACAGCUCAAAACAAGAAGCAAGAACGUCAAGCUCGGCCCAAUCAAAGCCGAGAAUACUUGUGGUGCGACUCCCGCUCCAGCAACCAAUCGGCUCAGCCCAAUCAAAGCUGAGAAUAUUGGCGGAUCGCCUAAUUUAGCCGCUGCUUCCACCAUUGUAAAUCGAUGUUUUAAAUGCCAUGGCCUAGGCCAUUUCGCUAGAGAGUGUCCAAACAAGCAUCUUGUUACGUUCAGUGAAGACACGGAACCCAUUUAUGAUACUACUGGAGAAGAAGAACCCAGUUAUUAUGACGAAGUUGUGUAUCCGGAUAAGGGCGAAUCCUUAAUUGUACAACGGGCUCUUAGUAUCGCCCCGGCCUCUUCCAUCGGUGACACUCUUUGGCUCCGUAACAAUAUUUUCCGUACAAAGUGUACAUCAAAGGGAAAGAUUUGCACUAUUAUUAUUGAUGGUGGUAGCUGUGAAAACAUGGUGGCAACAAGUAUGGUUGAAAAGCUAGGAUUGAAAGUCGAACCUCACCCGGAUCGGUAUCAGUUGACAUGGUUCAAAAAAGGAAAUGUCGUGAAAGUCACUCAACGGUGCCUUGUUCAGUUUUCAAUUGGCAAUCGAUAUUCCGAUGAAGUGUGGUACGAGGUUAUACCCAUGGACGCAUGUCAUGUUUUAUUAGGACGACCUUGGCAAUACGAUCGACGAACAAAACACGACGGGUUUAAGAAUACGUACUCCUUUCGGAAAGACGGCAUCAACAUUACCCUCGCUCCCUUGGAUACCCGCGAAACAAACUCUGAAGCGGUUGUCCUGACCGAAUCCGCCUUUAUAGAUUUCACCAGAAUCACUACCCCACAUUUCAUCCACGCCCUUGUAAUUGUCGAGCAAAAUGUUACAGCCGAAGAAGUUCCCCCUGUGGUCUGCCCCCUACUAAAAGAGUUCCAAGAUGUGUUUCCAGAAGACAUUCCCGCCGGCUUACCCCUAAUGCGUGAAAUCCAGCAUUGUAUUGACCUUGUUCCCGGUUCAGUCAUUCCUAAUAAACCUGCUUAUCGCAUGAAUCCAAAAGAGUUUCAAGAACUCCACCGCCAAGUCACCGAGUUGUUGGAUAAAGGACUCAUCAGAGAAAGCAUGAGCCCUUGUGCUCUUCCAGCUUUACUAGUUCCUAAACCCGGAGGCGCCUACCCCAUGUGUGUUGAUAGUCGUGCCGUCAACAAAAUUACAAUAAAGUAUCAUUUCCCCAUACCCUGA